AGUUGGUAAGAAGGUUCAGCGGGGACAUCAAGAUGUUGCUUGGACUUGGGAAGUGCGCUGCUGUGGAGGUGAGGAGAGGAAAACUGAUGGAGGAAGGGAAUAUCGCAAUGGUAGAUGGAAGGGAAAUAGCUAUGUUAACUACGGAAGCCAGGUACAAGUAUCUCGGAAUUCAACAAACUUUUGAGAUCAAACAGCAGGAGAACAAGAAGCACACCGAGACCCAACUCAUGGAAAGAGUUCGGAAGGUACUCAGAACACAGCUGUCUUCCAAGAACAAAAUGGAAGCAAUCAACAUCUGGGCGCUUCCAUCACUUACAUACACCGCCGGUGUUUUGACAUGGUCGAACACAGACCUGCAGCGUAUGGACAGAAGAAUCCAAACCACUUUAGUACAACACGGAUUACUACAUCCGAACUCGGCGACCGAAAGGCUCUAUUUGCCCCGCAAAGAAGGCGGCCGUGGACUAAAAUGCUUGGAAGGAGCAUGCCGAAAAGAAGAAGAAAAACUGAAGGCCUUUUUCCGACUAAGUAACAACCCCAUACACCAAUGGAUCAAUUCGGCUAGCAAUCCGCCCAGCUCCUCUGGGCAGGCCAGCGAAGGGCAAUCAGAAGCAGUCAGCAGAGAGGACACACUGAGGCAGACAUGGAAGGCAAAACCCCUGCAUGGCAGAUUUCAUGCUAGCCUCCACCAGGAAGACGUAGACAUACAGGCAUCAAACACCUACCUGACACAAGGUUAUCUCUACCCACAAACUAAGGGAACGCUAUUUGCGAUUCAAGACCAGGUGGUGCCAACACGCAGUUACACAAAACAUACCAUCAAACAACAGAUAGAUUCCACAAAAUGUAGACUGUGUAACAACGCGGAAGAAUCGGUGCAACACCUCUCGUCUGGUUGCUCUGCAAUAGCUGGCACUAAAUACUUAAGUCGCCAUGAUAGUAUGGGCACUUCGGAUGCAUUAUUAGCGGAACCGCAUCAUCGAGUCCACAACUUCGUGUAGCAAGUUUGAUCACGAAUUUGAAUGAAAAUUCACAACUCACAAAAUUCUGGAACGGCAAAGAAGCAGAAUUAAUUCCGAGGAAACAACAAAGGACGAUAAUUUCGUCGAAGAAUUUUACUCCAACACCGUUCGACGGGACGAACACGGUUAUACUGUGAAACUUCCAUUCAAGAAAUGUACAACUCAGCUAUCCGUCCUUAUAGAAAAAAAUAUCUUUCAAUACACAACACACAAGACACACUAUUUCUAAUAUUUAGUCAAUUACUGUAUUGAUAAAUGUAAUGUUUAACAGGUUCAGCGCCGAAGUAUUUCAACGAAAAUUUCUUCCUGGACCAUCAUUUUUUUUACAAUUUCUUUUAUAUAAGUUCAUUUGAUAACAUUUGUGCUUAUCUAAAAAUGAAAAUGAGCUUUCGAAAUAUAAAAAAUUGAAAGCGGACACCAGUGUCCGCUGAUCGCCAUGAUUGUUGAUCGGACACGCCCCUAUCCAAAGUGCCCGCUUUCCGAUUCAGCAAGUAUCAACAAGAAAACUAUCAUUCAGUUGGUUCGCGUUCAUUGCGUAACGUGCCCUAUUUUACUGUUGUGCGAAAGAUGAACAGCCGCAGCAAAAGGAUUAUUCAAUUAGCUUUACAGCGAAAUAUCUCAGAUGAUGAAGAUUCGCUUAGUGAUCCAUACUCUGGAGAUUCGGACGACGAUCCAGUUUUUGUUCCACCAGUUGGAAGUUCAAGUUCCAAUUAUUCAACCGAAAGUAGUGAAGAUGAAGUGGGAAUCAAUAAAUCUACGAUUUUCUCAUCAACAAAUGAAAAUUUGCAAGGAGAGGAGAAAAGCGACUGCAGCGAAAAAACAGAACAGCGAAUUGGAAAUAUGACAGAACCUACAAACGAACAGAUCAAUGAAACAUUACAUGAUCUCAAUUCAGCAGUUUGGGGACCCCCUAAAGGCAAUCAUUUGCAAUUCGAUGAAAAUUUUGAGGGAGGCCUGAAAGAGGAACUGGAAGCCACACUGUUAGGAAGUCGGCCGAUUGACUAUUAUUUUGGAUUUGUGGAUUUCAAAAUAAUAGAUGAAAUCGUAAAUCAAACAAACCUAUACGCUACACAAUUUUUGCUGAAUGAUGAUCGAAUUUCAAAUCAAUCUAGUGUGAAAAAAUGGGAACCGACCACUAGGGCAGAAAUAAUUCAUUUUAUAGGACUGCUGGGUUACACGGGUAUAGUUCGUAUGAACACCCUUCGAGAUUAUUGGUCUCAAAAAUGGAUACUCAGAUCAGAAGUUGCUCGCAGUGUUAUGAGUCGUAACAGAUUUGAACUGCUGCUAAAGAUGCUUCAUUUCUCGGAUAAUGAACAAUGCCCUGAAGGUGACCGUUUAUAUAAGAUACAACCACUUGUUGACAUGCUCACGAAGAAUUAUAAAUCUAUAUAUACUCCCGGUAAAACAUUUUGUAUCGAUGAAACCAUGGUGCCCUUUCAAGGAAGAUUAGUUUUCAAACAAUACAAUCCACAGAAGACGCAUAAGUAUGGAAUAAAGUUAUUCAAACUUUGUUGUGAUAAGGGGUAUACCUGGAAUCUAAGCAUUUAUGCAGGAAAAGAGAGAACCUCGGAUAGCUCAUUAGCCGUCUCUACACAAAUUGUUUUGAAGUUAGCGAAAGAUCUUCUGCAAAGUGGUAGAAUAUGUGUUAUCGAUAAUUGGUACACCAGUCUCCAACUCGCACACAUACUGUUAGAUAGAAAAACCCAUUGUCUAGGAACAUUGCGUUCCAACCGAAAAGGAAAUCCGACUGAAGUUAUAAAAAAAAACUAAAAAAAGGAGAGAUUUUCGCACAAGAAAACGAAAGAGGAAUUUGUAUUCUAAAAUGGCGAGACAAAAGGGACGUCUUACUUUUGUCAACAUGCCAUGGAGAUCAGAUGACGGAAAUUCAAAGAAGAGGAACUAUGGUUCACAAACCAGCUGCUAUUGUUCAAUACAAUUCUGACAAGAGCUCCAUUGACCUCUCCGACCAGAUGUCGAGUUAUAGUUCUUCCUUGAGAAAAUCCAUCAGAUGGUACAAAAAAUUGGCUGUGGAACUUCUAUUAGGUGAGUGCAUUUUUUGCCUUGUGAUUUGUUAUUGAAACGUAAUAUUUCCAGGGACGUCAAUGGUGAAUGCCCACAUAAUUUAUGAAACUGUUGAACAAAACCGCAUUCCGAUAAACGAUUUCCGUAUAUCGGUGGUCGAAGAUUUACUGAAAUACGAAGAAAACCCUGAUUAUGGACCCGUCAAUCAACCCAAGAGUCUCAGAACACAUCAAUUUAGUAAAAUGGACUGCAAGGCUCGCCAAAAUCGCAGAUAUUGUAGAGGGUGUUACCAAAAAAAGGUUGAGGGUAAAAUCGAAAAAAAUAAGGUGAAGAAAGUUACCACAUAUUGUAUGCAAUGUGAAGGAAAACCGAGGUAUUGUCUCGAAUGUUUCAAUAUUUAUCAUAGUAAAUGAUGUAUAAAUUGUGUGGAAAUAAAAUAUGUUUCAUUUUUUCUUUAUAUAUUGUCUAAAAUCCGAAGUUGCUAGAAACAAAAUACCAUCCAUAUAUCUCAAACAAGUCCCGUUUCAAACAACCUGGCUAGACAUCCCGUUAGAGGAACGCCAUAGCGGACACAUUGAUAUGUUAAAUAUCGUAAUAUCUUGUCCGCUUGGCCAAGCGAGACAAACAUAUUCAGGAUUAUAGAGCGGACACCGGUGUCCGCCAUGGCCGUAGAGGCUAGAAGCAAAUCGGACACCGGUGUCCGCCAUGGCGCUGAACCUGUUAAUUCCUAUGAAAUUCCCACUUUUUUUCAUUUCGUUUGAUUUUUUCAAUAAUACUCAAGUACCACCCUGUUCCUUUCCACGAACGGACGGUUUUUCUCAUUCCACGCAUCAUUUCCCCCCCACACAAUUUUUUCCAUAGCAACAAACGCAAUGUGACAAAAAACAAAUGACCAUCUGUUCAUGAAUUUUUUAACCAAUCAAAGAGCAGUACGCCACAUUGCGGUAACAAAGAUUUUCAAUCUUUUGAUAAUAUUACUUGUUCCUAGUCGUUAUUCCUAUGGUGUGGUGUUUUGAAUAUUUUCCCAAGUAAUUUACCUCCAAACGUCAUUAGACAAUUUAUUUUCAUUUCAUUUUAUUUUAUCCAUUUAUUCCUCUUUAUUUUGCUUAUCAGAACGUAACCGAGAAUUUUUUUCGCCAACUCCGUGCCACCUGUUGAGUAUGUAAAAUUUGACCAACUUAUUGUCUUCAUGACCGUUGCCAGCCUUCGAGUCGAAGAGGGGAAUCGUGUAGUCCUAGUCAAACAAGGAGAUCCUUCGAAAUGACAAUGUUAUAUAUCCUUUUUGAUAUUCACUAUGACAGAACAACAAUGGCCAAAAUUGACUCAAUUGAACUCAAACAAGAACUUCAGUGUCAGCUAGCAAUAGAGAACAACACCAAUGCCCCAAAUGAAAUUCCCUGCCUGGUCAACAACAGCCAGAAGAAAUCGAAAUCGAAGGUCCAACGCAAGUGAGUCUGAACACCAGGACGAUAAGGAAGAGCUCUGGCGACACGUUGAUUUUGACAUGAAGAAGUACUUUGCAACGACUUACACGCUCGUGUAAACGUGUCAUCUUAAUCUUGCAACGCCUGUGGCAUCCGCUGAAUUGUUUAUAACAUCUUGUAAAUGUCAUAUCAUAAUAAUAUGAUGUAGCGUCGGUCAGUUUCGAUGAUUUCAAUUUGCGUUUCAAGCAGGGCGCAAAGAUAUAUAUCCACUGAUAUAUAAGAUAACUUUUGACUAAGCGGUGAUAAAAUGUAGCCUCGAAAGCUUGAGUAAACGGAACAAAGAAUUUUCUUCUCUGACUACUUUCCCGAUACUUACUUUACCUUUUAUCCACUGACAUAUAUCAUGAUACUUAUCGAAUAAAUAUCAAGAUAUAUAUCACUUCUAGCUGACCCGGCAAACGUUGUUUUGCCAUAUAAAUAAUUUCCUAAAAAAAUUUAGGGGUGGACUACCCCUAACAUUUAUGGGGAUGAA